CUCUUGACCAUUGAACCCAACACCACACCUCCUUCCUUCGUUGGUAUCCCAUGGGCACAGUCGAUCCGCAGCGGCAGCUGGGACAGGCUUCACCAGCACCGACAUGGCGGUCGCUGCCAUUCUACAACUGCGUAGAGGCAUGUCCAUCCUCGAUGACCUUUGCUGGGCAGCCAGUCUCGCAGGUGCACUCGGUACUCCAUCUAGGCUCCUUCCCCAUUGGCGUACACCCAGCAAGCAGCGAUGAUGAUGGCCAACUCGCAACGUCCAGCGCAUCCAAGUCGUCUCUCCAGCUCGACUUUCCCCACCUCGUCACGCUCACCAAAGGACUCCUGGUACUGGUAGACCCUACAACUCUCCAGCCUCUUGCCCCGCCCUUCCCCGCAAUACAGGACGGAGCAGUGACCCAUGUAGAGUACGAAGCGACAUCUUCGCACCUCGUCGUCUUGUCGGAAGAUCAAGGCGGCACUGGCUUCCCCCUGUUGAGGAUAUGGAACCUCAAGACUAAUCUCGCCUCUCUUCGGUCCCGGAAGGGCGGAAGGGGUGAGGAUGGUCUUUGGCAAUGGAGGCCUCGGCUCAUGGCAGAGGGACGCGUUCAGCACGGCCGCAGACCGUUCCCUAUCGCUGCCGUGUCCGUCACCGCAGGGCUGGGGUAUCUUGCCUGCUCUUUGUCCAGCGGAGCAGUGUUGCUACUGCGAAAGCUGUCGACCACGCUGGAAGGCGCACCUCUACCCACAUCGGCCAACCCAAGCGGUCCUGCCGUUGCGCUGCCGAAGUUCAAGGUCGUCUACCAGCCCGGGGCAGACGCCGCUGCUUCUUCCUCGGCUGCGCCAGCUCCGGAGCAGGAGCCAGUGACGGCUCUCGCCUUCUCUUCCUCUGGCGAUGAAGGUCACUCGCAUUCGAAUCAAAGGCUUAGCCUCUUCAUCGCAACUCUGUCCAGAGUGAUGAAGUAUACUGUCUUGGGCAAAGGAGCGGGGAGUCCGCCUGUGACGCUUGAUGACAUCGGCUCACCUCUGGGCUGCUCAGUACUGCUGCCGCCUCUGGCAAGCUCCGGAGGGCCGGGAUCGGAAGGUACGGCAGAAGAGGCAAAGCUGCUCAUUGCCCGGCCAGAAGCGAUCUACACCAUCGGCUCGAACGGGAGGGAGGACUGCUAUGCCUAUGAGGGAUCGAAAGCCAAAGUCCUUCUUCUUCCGACGUCACGUCAUCUUGUCGUGCUGUCGCCUCCUCUAGACAGUAGCGAAUUGGGAUCUACAGGCGGAUCGUAUGGCGCUGCAGCUAACGGCUCGCAGACCAAUGGGGGUACAUACAGUCCCCCUGUGAGGGAAGCUGGGCAAGAGUUCACGCGGGUCAGCAUCUUCGACCUCGACGGCAAGUUCCUGUCCUACACUGGAACCUUCACUGGCGCCUUGCGAGCUGCCUUUCCCGACUCGGCUCCAUCUCCUGCGCUAGCAUCACAUAGAGAAGACGUUUUCCUGCUCUCUGAGUCGGGAUGUCUCUUCCAGCUCAGCGAGAAGCCUCUGAGGGAAAAGAUCGAGAUCCUGUACCGCAAGCAUCUCUUCCUCCUCGCGUCUCAGGUGGCCAAGUCGCACUUUGGCAGGCCGAACGCUCCUGUGUCUUCAGGAGCAGACAAGGACGACCCGGAGAGCGUCGAGAGGCUCAACGUGCUCUUGGGCGAGAUAUGGAUCAAGUAUGGAGACCAUUUGUAUGAGAAGGGAGAUCACGAGGGGAGCAUGAAGAUGGGCUACCUCAAGAGUGUCGGAGCUUUCGCUGGCGUUGCUGGAGCCUCCACGGGUGGUAAGAAAAGAGGCAGGAGGAAAGCUGGUGUUGGAGAGAGCUACAUCAUCCGCAAAUUCCUGGACGCCCAGCGCAUUCCACUUCUCACCCUCUACCUACAGGAGCUUCAUCGGAGAGGGCUGGCCAACUCAGAUCACACGACAUUGCUGCUGAAUUGCUACACAAAGAUGAAGGACACUACCUCCCUCGACCGCUUCAUCAGACGGUCCCACGUCACGACCUCUGGAAACGCAGACGGAGAUUCGAGUGACGAUGACUCGGCGAGCGUUACUCCUGCCGAGGCAGACGGCAAAGCUUCUCUCCCCUUUGACCUCCCAACGGCCAUCAAGGUCUGCCGUUCAGCCAACUACUUUGACCAAGCCGCCUACCUUGCGCGCAAGUUCGGUCUAGGAGAAGAGUACCUCAGAAUCAAGAUCGAAGACACUAAUCAGCCCUUCGAGGCUAUCGAGUGGCUCCGGACUCGGCAGGCCGCAGAGGUGAUAGAGUGUCUCAAGAUCUACGCCGGCCUGCUCUUGUCCGGAGGCGGGGGGAGCCAGAAGGAAGAAGCGGAACGACAGACUACGGACCUUCUCAUCGAGCUCUGCGCUGGCGCAUACAGGCCGAACGUCUCAAAUUCGUCAGGGGCCAUAGAGCAAGCGGCUAAAGCUGCCAAGUCUGCUGGGGAAGGCGGAUCACAUGGGAAAGGCUUUUUGAGCUACCUUACUGGAGCAGGCGGGGCAUCGACGGCUGCCACUGAGGCAGAGACGGAUGGCCAAGGCAAGAGGAGCGCCCCGAAGGCAGGACCAUACGUCAUCGGAGCUGACGCCAGUGCUGCAACAUCGAUCCAGGGAGGGGAAGGUGAGGCUCCCACCUCCGUCUCGAGCUCGGCUCCGUACGAGAUCCCCUCUGCCAGGCAAUUCUUCCCGCACUUUAUCCGUUACCCACGCUCCUUCCGUAGAUUCCUCGAGACUGUGGCGCUUGCUCGGUGGGGCCAGGCUGUGGAAGAAUCUGCCGCCGAGCUGGAUGUACUAAGUGACGAGGCGGAAGAUGUGUGGGAGGUCGAGGAUGAGCUGUAUGAGGAUGAAGACCGAAAGGAGCAGCGGUCUAUCUGGAAUACCCUGCUCGAGAUGUACCUCAAGGAAGGUCGCUCCUCCUCUCCGUCUGGAGCCUCGACGAACAAGGCGAUUGUGGCACCAGCCCCAUCAAAGAGCGGCACUGCUCUUUCCUCGGAUCAUCAACAAGCUCUCAACUUGCUACGUCAACAUCGUCACCUUCCCUACGACAUCCCUCACGCCCUGAUCCUCUGCGAGCACGAAGAGUUCACCGAGGGCAUUGUGGCCCUGUACGAGCGCAUGGGAAUGUACGAAGAGAUCAUCACCCUCUGGAUGGAGAAGGCUCAGGAGGAGCUCAAGAGCGUUCCCAGCGAUGUGUCCGACAAGUCUUCUUCUGUAUCAUUAAAACAGCAGAAUGGUCAAGCCUCAGCCGCAUCAACGUCAGAUGCCUGUCCAUCCUCAACACACGUCCUCUCCUACCUGGCGCGGUACCACACGCGCUCUCCUACGCUCUACACACAGGCUCUCUCCUUUCUCAUCUCUCACCCUCUACUGCUGAGCAAGCAUCGUGUCGAAGUGGAGGACAUUCUGGUGCAGAUCGAGGAGGAGCGUCUGAUGAGUACGUUGGAAAUUGUGGGGUUAUUGAGCAAGGAGGGAGGAUAUGCGAAUGUGGGACUCAUCAGGGCAUUCCUGGAGGGGAGAGUGAGAGAGGAGAGGGAGGAAGAAGAAGCGGACCACCGCCUAAUCGAGUCCUACCGAGCGGAGACGGCGCGCAAGGAAAAGGAGAUCGAAGAACUCACCACGGGCGAGCCGAGAGUGUUCCAAUCCAAUCGUUGCACAGCCUGUGGUGGUCAGCUGGACUUGCCCGCCGUGCACUUCAUGUGCAAACACUCCUACCACGCCCGCUGUCUAGGUGAGGCAGAGAACGAAUGCCCCUCGUGUGCGCGAGCUUACGGUGUGGUAAGGGAUAUCCGCAAGAAUAAUCAGGAGAUGGCUAGUAGGCAUGACUUGUUCCUACAAGAAGUACGCGAAGCAGACGACCCUUUUCAAGCCGUCGCGAGCAUGUUCAGUCGAGGCGUCUUCUCUCAAAGGGCGCUUGCUGCUUCUGCCGAGGCAUCGGCCGAGGCUGCUGCUGCUACUUCUGCUGCUACUGGUGCGGGUGAGACGUAGGCGGUUGACCCGAGGAGUGGUUUGGAUCGAGCAGUGCAGGCAUGGUUUUGUGUAUAUGCAUAUAUGUGGUUGCAAGAAGGAAAUACAAGGGAAAGAUGCGGGAGGCGGGUAGAGGCGUUGGACAGGAGAAGAGACAGGAGAGAGAGAGGAGGGGCAGCGGGCCAUUUGUACAUUCUGAAGGAGGGUGACUGCAGAGCGUGCAGCGAGGCGAGGAGUGGAGCAGAGCAGAGCAGAGUAGAGUAGAGUAGAGUAUAUAAUGCAUCCAUACCAAUCCUUCCCCUUGGCGUCUCCCUCUAUCCACUUCAGUGUCCCCCCUCCAUCAUCAACAAUCCAAAUCCUCCUACAAUGAAGCAG